AUGGCAGAAAACACCAAAACAACAUACGAUCAUCUCCCCGCGCUCCCGGAGGACGUGACGACGGAAUGGCUAGGGUCAGUGCUGGGACAGAGUAUCAAAUCCGCAACCAUGCACGCGGACCGAAACAUAUUCGGCACGGCCAGCAAACUAUUCUACACACUCGAGUACGCUGACUCGGCAGCGACAGGCGACCCCAGCACGCGGCCGGUGCACAUCUGCGUCAAGGGUGUGUUCGACCCGGCCAUGGUGGCCUCGCAGCCGUGGACCGUGAGCCUGGCGCAGCGCGAGGCCGACUUCUUCGCCAAGAUCGCGCCCACCAUCAAGCACAUGGGCUAUCCGACGGGCUGGUGGGGCGGCACCAGCGAUGAGCAGGGCAUCGCCAUCAUGUCGGAUCUCGUCCACGAGGGCUGCACCUUUGCGCCCGAGGUUGCCGCCUACCCGCUGAGUAAGAUCCUCGACGGCGCCGAGCAGAUGGCCGGCCUGCAUGCCCAGUUCUGGGGCAAGAGUCAGGAUGACUACCCGUGGAUAUGGAACAACUACGACCCAGCCAUGACCUUCAUGGUCCGGCCGUGGGACAGCGUGGUGCGGGAGCCGGGCCGGCCGCAGCUGCCUGAGUACCUCAUGGACGGCGCCCGGGUCAACAGGGCCCUGGACAGGUACUACGCGGGGCGCAACCCUCGGUUCCGAACGCUGCUACACGGCGACACCCACAUCGGAAACGUCUACUUCACAGCCUCGGGCCACACGCGGUUCCUGGACUGGUCGGCGUUCCACUUUGGGUCGUGCUUCCACGACCUCGUCUACUUCAUGACGUCCAUGAUGAGCGUCGCGGACCGCCGUGCCCACGAGUGGGAGGUCCUCGACCACUACCUCGCGGCGCUUCGCCGGAUGGGCGGGCCCGACCUCGACCCCCGCGACGAGGAGCUGCUGAUCGAGUACAAGCGGUCGUGCAUGACUAGCAUCAUCUGGCCCAUCUGCCCCGUGGGCUUACAGAGCAAGGAGCGCGUGGACGCCCUGACGGAGCGUACCAUCGCCACGUGGCUGGAUCACAAGACCAUUGAGAUCAUCGAGGGUCAGCCCUGA